UGCUGCGAGAUUGGGAUAUGUUUUAAAAGAUGAUCAGGCCAAGAUUAUAGCUUGUUUUAAGGAUGGUAAUGAUGUCUUUGGGGUCUUGCCUACUGGAUAUGGCAAAUCACUUUGCUACCAGUGUUUGCCGUACAUUUUUGACAGCACUAGAGAAGAUGGAAUCUCAGGCUCCAUAAUAAUAAUAAUUACACCAUUAAUAGCUAUAAUAAGAGAUCAGGUUAGGCUCUAUUAUUCAUUUUAUACUUAGUUUAUAAUGUAAAUCAACUAUGACCAUAUCAUUCAUAGGUUCAUGCUUGUAGAAAUAAAGGUCUGAGUGCUGCUGCUGUGUGUGGUGAUGCUAAUGAUGAUGAUAAGGAAGAUGUUGAGAAAGGAUUGUUUCAACUUUUGUUUUUACCCCAGAGAUGUUGUUAAAAAAGCACUACAGGAGAUUGCUUUGUUCCAAAACUUAUCAAGUUAAAAUUAAAGGGGUAGUACAUUUCGAGAUUCAUUGGAGCGUAUAGGUGAAGUUCGUAGCCUUCUUCCAUCUUCUGUCCCUGUCAUGGCAUUAACUGCAACCGCUACACAUCAACUUCGUUUGGAUCUUUCUAGAAUUAUUGGCUUAAAAAAUCCAGUCAUGAUAGUACAGCCACCUUGUAAGCCAAAUUUAAUGUAUAAAGUCGGCAAUUUUGUGUCUAUUGAAGCAAAUUUCACACCUGUUUUGGAUAAUUUAAGAAGAGAAAGAGCAGCGUAUUCCAGAACUAUUAUAUACUGCAGGACCAUGGAUGACUGUGCAAAUCUAUAUUUAUUUUUUGAAAGAGGUUUAGGUAGAGAUUUCACAGAGCCUCCUGGAGCCCCUAAUAUAUCAAAAUUUAGAUUAGUAGACAUGUUCACUAGUUGCACAGAAAUGGCAGUUAAAAAUCAAAUAGUUACUGCAUUUACAACAGAAAGCAACUUACGCAUUGUUUGUGCUACUGUUGCCUUUGGGAUGGGGGUAGACUGUGCUAAUGUACGUGUGAUUAUUCAUUUUGGUGCCCCUGAUGAUUUGGAGUCCUAUAUUCAAGAAACUGGCAGGGCUGGGAGGGACAAUUUACCAUCACAAGCAAUUCUCUUUCCAAAGAAAAAUGCAAUGCGUUUUGUAAAUCGUGAAAUGAGAGCUUACUGCUAUAAUUACUCUGAUUGUCGCAGAAAUUUAUUAUUCAUAAACAUGGAAGGAUAUAAACGCGAACUACAUUCUGUACCUCCUGAUAGCUGCUGUGACAUUUGUCAGUCAAAUAAUGAACAUUAAAGUAAAUUAU